AUGGCACCACUGCCGACGACACCAGCACCGCGUACACUCAUCGUCCGACGAGGAACAUCACCAUGGACCGCGUUGAUGACGGAGCACGAGCAGCCUAUGUCCGCCAGAUGUCUCGUCUUUGUCCUCGUGAUACUGCUCGUGCUCGCGUUGCUUGUCCACACGGGACGCAGCUGGGACGAGUGCAACGACGGCGGCUCCCCAAGGCGACGCAUCUGUCAGCGCUGCCGGGACAGUGCUCGCGCGCAGGCAGCGGAGCUUGGGGAUUGUCAGGCGGGAGACGUCGACUUGAGUACGAGGACCAUGCGAAUGGACUUGGAGGGAGCUACAUAA